GCUGGCGGGAAGGCAGGAAAGGACAGCGGCAAAGCCAAGGCCAAGGCUGUGUCCCGAUCCCAGCGCGCCGGGCUGCAG